UUCGAUUUCUGUGGCAGUGGAAAUUGAGUUGAGGGAUUCAGUCGCCGUGGGGGUUUUGUUUGUGUUGGACUUCGGAGAAGAGAAGAGAAGGGAUUGAUGCUUAUCAUGGUCAAGAAGGAUGGUGAGAGGCUGACCACUGAUUAAUAAGAAAUUCAUCAUAAAAUACCGCGUCAGCUGCUCUGUAGUUGCUUUUCCCUUCAAAUUCCUAUUUCCCCCCAAGCGCAAUGGUGCGAAAUCAUUUUCAUUUUUCCUGUUUCCUCUCUGGAGUGAAUUGUGGAUAUUGAAAGACGUUGCAGAGUUUUAGGGUUCUCUGCAAAUCAGAAGCUUGGCACGAUUUCAGUUGCAGCUGGUUUCUUUUCACCCGACGGUUCGCCAAAUGGGUCCUUUUGAACUGUUGAUUGGACUGUGAAGAGCUUGUUGCUUGAAGCUACUUGCUGGUUAGGGUUGGCAGUGAAAUUCAGUCUUCGAGACCCGAACAAAGAGAAGUAGGGGGUGGCAAGUAAAGAGCCUUGAUUGUAGGUGAUAUUGUGGAGCAACAUUGUUUUCAAAAGCAUUUAGGCCAUACUAUAUAUCCUUCUACUUGUUUGCGGUGCCCUGGGGAUGGCAAGUUCUCUUGAGGAUUUCUCUCAAUUUGGUAUCUCCAAAGAGGAAAAAGAUAAGCUUGUUGCAGAAGUAAUACGCUAUGUCCUCUUCAAAAAUUUCCAGAGCUCAGGAUGCCCAAUCAAAAGGGAUGAACUUACUCAACUUGUAACUAAAAACUAUCGUCAGCGGGGUCUUCCUUCACUGGUUAUAAAUGAGGCAAGAGAGAAGCUCUCAAGCAUCUUUGGUUAUGAAAUGAAGGAACUCCAACGUGCUCGUCCAUCCACAAAUCAGGGUCCCUCUUCUCAACAGAAUCAUGAAGAAAGAUGAUGCCUCUGAAGAAAUUGACUGACACCAU